AUGUACAAAAGAAAGAAACUCAUUCUAAUAAUAUUCUGUGUUUUUGCUACGAUUUCCCUAAUCGUUUUUCUUCGUAAAGACUGGAUUACGGAUGGGCAAUUAACAGAAGUCAGGCAGAAUGAAAAGGUGAUCGGCAGGAGUGAUCGGCUCUCCUCGAUAGCCAUCGUGGUUGUGAUCGCCAAUCGAGCCCAUAUCAAACGCAAAUACGAGACGGCACAGAAAUCUUUGCAAUGCUACUGUGAAUCGCGAGGAUUACCCUACUAUUUGAUUGUGCGAGAUGAGUGGGAAAUAGAGAACGCCUCAAGAAACACAUCUUGUUUGAUGGGUGAUUUUAUGUAUCAAAGACACUGCAUCUUAGUGGAUCUCAUGAAAAAGAGCCGCCACGAAUGGUUUCUGAUGAUCGACGCGGAUAUGGGUGUCAUCAAUCCCAAUCAAUCAUUUUACAACUUCCUCCCAAAACUCAACGACAAAGAGCUAUUUGCGGUGUUUUCCGAUCGUGAUUACUCUUCAGAGAUCAUGGCCGGCACCUACCUUGCCAGAAAUAACGAAAAAGGGAAAGAUUUUCUUAUGUCAUGGGCUCGAAGCUGGAAUCGCUAUAUGGGAGGGGAAAACCUUGACAACGGAGCUUUACCAGUGAUGAUUCUGAGAAAGUACCUGCCCCAUCUCGAGGCUGAAACAUCAAAAUGCGAACUCUGGUGGAAAGCGAGUCGUAGGCACUGGUGUCGUUAUCUAUUGUAUGUGAUUUGCACAAGGAUUCUCAUUGACAAUCAUCCAAUCGCUGGGCUAAAGUUUCUCCCAAAAACUCGCUCCUAUUACCGAGAUGGAUGGCUGACGGGUGGAAAAUUCAGUUCAGAGGAUUUUCUGCUUCAUGGAUGGAAGGAACCAAUCAAAGACAAACGGACAAUCUUCAUGGGUUGGAUGAACGCUUUCUCAGAAGAGGCCUUCAACGACAUGAACUUAUGUAAAUCUCGAGAGCAGGCUCAUCAACUCUGGCGUUACAAGAUGGGAUUUCAGUGGAGUGUCGAAGAAAAUCGACGAGAGCUAGACGCUUGGAUCGAACGAUCGACUCGAGAGAGACGUCGGCUAACGGAGAUCGCUCUCACUUUCAACGUGACUCAAGAGGACGGCUGCGAUCGGAGUCUCUAUGAAUUUCAA